AGUGAGAAGUUUCCAAUAAAAUCCAUUAGUACGAAUCAGUUCUUUGUAAUGAACAGUGAUAAAUACACAAUGAAGAUAUCUUCAGAAACCUUACUAACGAGAAGAAAAUCCAGGAAGAAUUCAAGCGAAAAGGCCAAAAAAACUCAUCUAUCAAAAAGUGCACAACAUGAGAAAUCUCACCAACCAGAAGAGAAGGAGAAGGAAAAGUCUAAGAUGAAUAAUUUAGGAAUACAAGAUUCACCGAGGAGUAGAAAUUAUAUUUCUAUAUUACAAGGAUACACAUAUUUUUUAAAUACCCAACAUUCAACUUUUGUGACUAUAGGAUUCUCUUCGAAAGACUUUUCACCUAUUGCUCAGAUUUCUACUCAAAAUCAUCACUUUGGCGUGGAUUCUAUACAUUUUAAUCGUAAUCAAUGGUCUACAAUUUAUGCGGGAAGAGAAACAAUUGCCAAGAAGAUGGACACAGCUGAAGACGAGGGAGAUCACAUUUUCGGGAACGAAUUCUUCACUUCGUUAAAAGAUCAAAAUGUAGUUAAGAUAGAUUUUAUGGGGUUCAAUGAUAUGCGUUGUGUUGUUUUUACCCAAAAUCAUAUUUCAGUUGUUCUAACGAAAAAAGAAUUUGAAAAUCUAAUGCUAUUAAAUGAUUUUAUUAAUACGUCUCUUAUUUAUAAUAAUUCAGUGCAAUUUUUUAUUAGGGAAUAUUGUGAAAGAUAUAUAACGUCAUGCAAAAAUCUUAAUGUUAAAAAAAUGGACCCUUCAUCUUAUACAUCUCCCAUGGAUUCACGUCCUCCUAUAAACUAUUUCAGAUUAUUUAGUGAAAUUCCUUUUAUAUAUGAAAAAGUUACAGAAAUAACAUUUACUGAUCAAAUUUCAAUUUGAUUGUAUAAUAAUAAAUUCUGUUUAAUAAAUCACUUUCUCUGUUUAAAUUGUAUCUUUUCUUUUUUUUGCUACGUUUCGCUGAUAAAUCAAAAAGAAUAUUUCAUCGAUACGAUAAUUGACGUAAUCACAUUCUCUAAUUUCUCUGAAAAAAAUAUGCAGAGAGAAUUGUGUCGAAGUAUUGUGAAAUUGUUUCAUUCUCUAUUCAACCUGUGUAUAGUGCAUAACUGGAUAACUGUAAAAGGUCAAUUAAAGAUGGAUAAUUCAAAGUUUUUAGACGAGAUUGUACUAUCAAACAAAAGUCUUCCAAUUUUGUUUGAAAUAUUAAAAGAACCGCGAAUGGACUUUCUUAAACAAAGUGUACUGUGCGAGAUAGAAAAUUUAUUGGAAAAAGGAUCUGUAGUAACAGAUAAUGAAAAGGCAAAUUUUGCUCGUGAAAUUUUCAACGUCGAUGGAUAUGAAGCUAUUUGUAUUCGCAUCCUUAAAUUACUUUGGCCUGAAACCGGUAAGUUAAAAUUAAAAUAUUUAAGUGUCACUUACAUAAUUACUGCUAUUCAAAUACUAUAUUUGUAUAUUAAAUUUAAUAAUUUUAUUAGGAAACAUGAUUUCUUCACCGAUGUGUACGGAAAAACAAUUGUCAAAUGCUACAAUUGAUCUACGAUCAGAAAUAUUAUUCGCUCAGCUUCAGAACUCCGACACGAUCUUGCAGAGUAAUUCUAUUAAUCCGUCAAUACUAGAGGAAAUUUUGGCAGAGCCGCAUUCAAUAGACGAUCAACGUGAUAAUCCUGAUAUGGAUGUUGAUUUAGAGAGAAUGGAGAAUAAUCAACAAAAUUUUCAAAUAGGACAAGGUAUUGAUUCUGAAAUAAAUUCGGGUCCACAAAAGACGGUUGAGAUCUUGGGAAAGGAAAAAACAUUCAACAGACGCUUUAAGGUUACCCAGAUGUCUGUGCAUUUCCGCCUCAAACGUCCUGAAAAUGCUACGCAUGGAUUUGAUUGGAUGAGUGAUGCCUUUCAAGAGAUUAUUGAGGCUAUUGCAAGCGAAGGGGAUAAUGGUGAUAAAGCUGCGUUGGAGUUUCAUCUACCCAAAAAGCCUGAAAUAGUACCAAUAUAUGUUGGUCUCACCCCUAUCAAAGCCCUCACCCCCGAUAUGUUACUGGACCGCAUAGAAAAAGUUAAUCAAAGUAACGCAUCAUUUGGUGUUUCCGAUGAUCUGUUAAUUGAGGCAAACAUUGUUCAUAUGAUGCAAGGCAGCGGUAGGAAUAAAGCUUCUAAUAUGAGCUUAUCUGAAAUGAGGAGGUACAAAAAGUACAGUAUUAUUGAUACUGGAUCUCAGGAGCUUUGUUUGCCAAUAGCCCUCCUUUUUGGAAGGGUAAUUAAUAUGAAAAAUCGGGAGAAACGUAAUAAAACUCUGAAGAGCUGGACAAGAUAUCAUAAAUUAUUAAAGGAAUAUGCUGUUAAUCUCAUCAAACAGUGCAAUGUUCGAGAAUCACCAAAGGGAGAGUAUGAUUUAAGUUUGAUUUCAAAUUUUGAAAAGGUAUUUCCAAAAUAUUUUGUAAAAGUGUUUGAUAAUGUACAUGAUUGGAAGAGUGUUGCAUACGAAUCUCAGCAUACUUCGCAAAAUUCAGUGUUUCGUAUAAAUAUCUUUUUUGAUAAAAAAAGCAAUCACUAUUUUUUGAUCAGAAAUAUUUUUUAAUUUUAGAAGUGAUUGUAAAGUAUGCAACACUUUAUAUAAUCAUAAUCAUAUAUGCUCCCUGAAAUGUAAAUAUUGUGAUUCUGUACCCCCUUGCCCAUCCGUGACCACACUUAUAAAAUGCAAAGACUGUAAUCGGAACUUUCGAGGAGAUGAUUGUUACAAAAAUCAUAAACCUAAAAUGUGUGGCACAUUUAAGAUUUGUGAAUCUUGUAAUAAUCUUUACAAAGUUACUUCUAACAUUAUUCAUGAAUGUAACAAAAGAAAAUGUUAUAAUUGCAAUAAAACAAAAGAAGUUGGACACUAUUGCUAUGUUUCUAAAUUUAAAAGAAAGACUCCAGAAAAAUUUCAGAUUAUAUUCUAUGAUUUCGAAUCUCAGCUCAUUUCUCAGGGCCAAGGGUUUUACAGGCAUGUGCCAAAUCUUUGUGUCAUCAAUGUUGUAUGCCAUGAAUGUUACUCUGCAUCGUUGUUUCCGGCAAACUGUACCAAUUGCGAUCCAUUUGAAAUUAUUUUCACUAAUGAUGCAGAAAGCUGCGUUUCAAAAUUUGUGAAUUAUGUUCUAAAAUACAGUAAAUUUCCUAUUGUUGCUAUUGCUCAUAAUUCACAAAGAUAUGACGCACAGUUUGUUCUUGAGGAAUUGUGUAAUAGAGAUCUUGAAAUUACCCCUAUUUUUAUAGGUCAAAAAAUUUUAUCUAUUUCAGUCGGAAAUGUAAAAUUUAUUGAUUCCAUAGCAUUUAUACCAUUUGCAUUGUCAAAAUUUGGUUCAAGUUUCGGCCUCAAAGACUGUACAAAGGGAGAAUAUCCGUAUAAGUUCAAUAUCCCAAAAAACGAUUAUUAUGUUGGACCUUAUCCUUCGAUUGAAUAUUAUCCUAUUGACAGUAUGUCAUCGGAUAAAUAUUCUAAAUUUGUUAAAUGGUAUGAUGAAAAUAAACAUCAUACCUUUAACAACAAGUACGAACUCAUAAAGUACUGUCAACAAGACGUACACAUUUUACGCGCGGGUUGCUUAAAUUUCAUGGAUUCAUUUCUUAAAACCACUGGGAUCAAUCCUUUCCUGCAAUCCGUUACAAUCGCGGAUGCCGUAAUGAAGGCAUACAGAAAAAAUUAUUUGAAAGAGAAUACAUUGGCUAUUACUCCUAAAAAUAAUUAUGAUACGAAUUUUAUUAAUUUACAAAGUAAAAUUGGUCUUAGAUGGCUGAUUUUUCAAAAAGAGACUAAUUUCCCAAAUAUACGAUAUGAGGUAAAAAUAAAAAAAUACAAAUUAUAUUGUUGACGGAUUUGAUGAGGAGUCUAAUACAAUAUUCGAAUUUUUGGGAUGUUUUUACCAUGGACAUAAAUGUUUGUCAAAUCGUAUGUACCAGUGCAGCAAAAACCCUGCUGAUACAUUGGAAAAUAGAUAUAAAACUACGAUGCAGAGAAUAAAAAAGCUAAGAAAUAUGGGGUAUAACAUGAAUUUGAUUUGGGAGUGUAAAUUUCGUAAGAUUCUAAAAUCACAUCCUGAUUUGAAAAUCUUUCUUGAAAACCACAAUGAGAUUAUCAAUUCAGGGUUUGAUUUAAGGUCUGCUGUGUAUGGAGGACGUACGGAAGUAUUCAGAUUGUACUAUAAAGCCCGACCAGGUGAUAAGAUGUAUUAUUACGAUUUUACAUCUUUGUACCCUUGGGCUAAUAAGUAUACUAAAUACUUCGCAGGUCAUCCAAAAAUUAUUCGGAAUUUUACAUUACCUGAUGAAAUUUUAACCUAUGAUGGCGUCGCAAGAUGUAGGAUAUUACCCCCGCGUAAACUUUAUUUACCAUGUCUGCCUUAUCGGUGCAACAACAGGUUAACUUUUCCUCUUUGUGCUAUAUGUACAUCAGAGAAAUCCGAUCUAGAUAAAUGUACACAUAGCGAUGAUGAGCGUUCCUUAUUAGGCUAUUGGUCUUUAGAUGAAAUCAGAUUAGCAGUUCAAUAUGGCUACAAAAUUCUGGAGGCUCAGGAAUUAUGGUCAUAUGACGCAAUUCAAUAUGAUCGUAAUUCCGGAGAAAGGGGAUUAUUCGCAGAUUACGUGGAUAAUUUCCUGAAAAUAAAACAGGAAUCCAGUGGGUGGCCUGAGGAUUGUGAUACCGAAGAGUCCAAAGAUCAAUAUCUUCAGAAGUAUUUUGAGAAUGAAGGUAUUAUACUCGAUAGGGCAAAUAUAUCUGAAAAUAAGGGCCUCCGUAGUUUGUCAAAACUUAUGUUGAACAGCCUAUGGGGAAAAUUCAUCCAAAGAGAGAAUCUUAAGAAAAUAACUAUCUGUAGUUCGCAGGCAGAAUUAAUAUCAUUUGUGUCAAAUAAAGAAAUCGAGGUACAUCAGUUAUACCUAUGCGGACGAAACAAAAUCUUUGUGUCCUGGUCAUAUCUCGCUGAAUGUACUCCACCCUCACAACAUAUUAGCAUAGGGGUAGGAAUCUGUACCACAGCGAAUGCUAGAAUAGCUCUUUAUAAAGCAUUAGCUACAGUUGGAAGAAAUGCCCUUUACUGUGAUACAGAUUCCAUAAUAUUCCUAGUACCCUCUGGGCAAGAAAACCCUUUGAAAACAGGUUCUUUUUUGGGGGAACUGACGGAUGAGUUAUCUUCAUAUGGGCAGGGGGCUUACAUAGACGAAUAUGUAUCAACAGGCCCUAAAUCAUAUGGUAUUCGUAUAUAUAAUCCUAUAACAGGGAAGCAUUCUUAUAAAGUAGUAUUUAAGGGCAUCACAAUGAAUAGACAUGUUGAAGAAAAAGUAAAUUUUGAUGCCCUUAAAUCACUUGUUAGUGGUGCAGACCCUAUAGAGGUUAAAUAUACGGAUACCAUAUUUCGAGGAGAAAACUUUCGUCUUUCGUCUGGACCAUCUUCUAAAACUAUCAAGUUUACGUUUGAUAAACGUAGAUGUGUUAAUAAUAAUGAUACUUUACCAUACGGAUAUUAAAAUAUUUAAGAUUAUUUAUUUAUUUCAUUUUAUUUGCUUGUCAAAAUAUUGUCAUUAAGUUUAGCCCAUUUUUUAUCGUAUAAUUAUGUUAUUCAUAUUUUUGAAAAUAAUUUUAUAUCUUUUGUAAAUAUCAUUGAAAAUAUAACUUACUAGAACACAAAAUAUAUUUUUUAUUGUUUUAUUGUCAACUCUUAUAGUAUCCCACUAAUUUUAUAAAUAGAAGGUGAAAAGAGUUAUCAGAAUUAGUUCCACAACAAUAUUUGAAAAUGCAGCUCAAAUUUCCUGUACCUUUCUCGAUUAUACUUGCAGGGCCAUCUGGCUGUGGAAAAUCCACCUUUGCAUACAACAUUUUAAACAACUUACAUGCAUUAACGAACACCGAGUUUUCUAGAAUCAUAUGGUGUUUUUCUGAGAAUGGCAGUAUAGGUGCUAUACCUAAAAUAAAAAAAUUGGAAGUUUGUAAAGGAAUUCCUGAGAAUUUUGAUCAGAGCACCAAUGAUAUGUUGCCUAAACUUAUUAUACUUGACGAUUUAAUGACAAAUAAGGAAUAUGAGCCAAGAAUAUGUGAUUUAUUUAUAAAAGAAUCACACCAUAAAAAUAUUUCAAUAAUUUUCAUUUGCCAAAAUAUAUUUUACCAAUCUCGGUUAGCACGAACGAUUUCAUUAAAUACAAAGUAUUUAGCGAUUUUUCGUAAUGUACGCGACAAAUCGCAAUUUUUACCUCUUGCAAGGCAGCUUCACCCUGAAAAUCCUUCUGAA